CUCCCUUUCUGUCUUUCUCUCUCUCUCUCUCUCUCUCUGUUUUCUCUUUCUCUGAUCAUUCUUCAUUUAAUCGCACAAAGUCAAAAUCCCGGAUAAGGAUUUUUUAGAAUUGCAUUGCACUAUCUUGAGCUAAAUAUAUGAGUGUAUAUAAUAAACAAACAAGCUAAAUAUACAUAUAUACACUCUUAUAAUUAGAAAGGAUUAUAAGUAUAUUUAUUAGAUAGAUAUGUAUUUAUCUAUGAUCAAAUUCGUAGAGUACAAAAGGACAGAUACGGUAAGAUAUAUGUUUGAAAUGUGUCCGUGCUAUAUUCCUUUAUAUAUUGAGAGCGCGUAUUCUAUCGGUGCACGGGUUUUAAGACGGCGUGCGUCGUAAUCCAGGCCGAUGAUUAUACCAACGAUUAACGGUACACAUUGGCUGACCGGUUGCGAGUCACUUGACUUCGAGACUACGAUCGUAGCUAACAUUCCAAAUUCGUGACCACCACACUGUUGAUAGUAAGUCGGGACGCUCAUAUUGCACAUAGACCGAACGUAUUCGUUCAAUCACACAUUUGAAGAUUUUCAUAUAUUUGUAUUACGUCCCGUACGCUGAUCGCAGUUUGUAUCUCGUGUGUCAUUCUAAAAAAAAAGAGAAUAGAUGCUUUUUUCCCUCAAUACACGAAGAAAAAUAUUUUUUUUUAUGUUUAAACGUGAUUUAUCACGCAAGAAACAAAUCGGAUUUUAUUUUACUGCACGAAAAAUUCCUUUCUUUUUUUUAGAUUAUUCCAUUAUUAGUGGACCAAUUGAAAAUUUUUUUAUCCGUUAUUAAGAUGAUUCAAAGAGAGCUCUAAGAUGGUGUAGUAAAUUUUUUCUUGUCCUCCUCCCCGAAGUUUUCAAGGUCAUCCUCAGUUUUUUUUUAUACAUAAAUCUUAUAAUUUUGUUUACACCUAUCUUUUAGCGAAUAUUGAGACGAAUUCGGCAAGUAUCGUAACAAAUAUAUAUUUUUUUCCAUCUGAAAUUACAACAAAUAUUCUAGUUGAAAGAAUUUAAUGUGAAAUAUCGCAUGCUAUGUUGUUAUAUACUUUUCAGAGUUGUUGAUAGAUCAGUAUUUAGUUGUUAUUCAUUUGAUCUUUCGCAAUAAUGUUGGUAAACAUUUCUUUCUGUACAUUUAAACUACAUCUAAUAAUAUUGGAAGAAGUGUUUCUCUGUUAGAUUUGUUUUUACGGGAUACAUUCAAAGUAAAUAUUUAUGAUAAAAUUCUAAUAAUGCCGGAGAAUUGUAAAUGCAUGUUUAGUAUCGAUGCAAAUGCCAUAAAAAGAAUUAAACAGUCUUUUAUUUUAUUUAUUUACCGUCUACGCAAUUUUAUUGCAACUGACGGAACACAAUUUUUAACACCGUUUUAAUUAAGAUAAAUCGUAAUUGAAAUAUAAAUAUUUAAUUCAUAAAUAUUUCCAUCUAAUUGAGGGUUUUUCAAAUCCAUUUCUUGGUGAUAAUAUUAACAAUUGAUAUGGAUAAUCAUUAUCAUGAAUUGAUUUUGGAAACUAUUAAUCAGGAUUUGGAUCUGGCUGUUUCAAGAGCACAAAAUAUUGAAAUUAAAUCAACAAGUACUUCAAUAUCGAUGAAAAGUGUAGAACAAGUUCAGAAUAAUAAGUACUUUAAUAAAGGAAAAGCUUUAAGUAUCCUUAUAGAGCAGGACGAGGACGAUGAACUAGAUGUCAAAGUCGAAAAAAAUUUCAAUGACCUAUUUUGGAGGGAAAGUUUUUUUAUCAAUGGAAGUAAUUACAACGGUACUUGGGACGCAGUCAGCAUGGUAGGAAUUGGAAGAUACAUUUUACCGAAUGGAACCGUCUUUGAGGGUGAAUUUCGCGAUGACAAAUUUCACGGAAACGGAACCAUGUCCUGGCCAUGCGGACAGAGCAUAGAUGGGGUCUGGAUAUCUGGCAAGCUGAAAACUAAGCGGUACAGAUUCAAGGAUGGUUUGAUAUUCGCUGAAGAUGGCUGGGAAUAUUGUCAAUUUCCUGACAGACGAUUUUAUGCUUGUAUCACGACUGGCUUGAGACCUGCGAGAAUAACGCUAAAAACCAAUUGUCAACCGGCCAAAAUAAUUCCUCUCUUUUGUUACGAUGUGGGUUGCGGUAUAUAUUAUCCGAAUACUCAUUGUAUCAUGUCAUAUGAUUCAACAAAGAUAAUCGAAAUACCAACUAAAACGAAAGUCGAGUGGAUUAUAAGCAAUUGUCGGAAAGCCUAUGAUGAACCUACACAUUAUCAGCCAUGGUUAAAUGAAAAUUGGUCAAAAAAAACGAGGCAAGAAUUAAAUAUAAAAUAUUGCUUACCCUUAUCAAACGAUUCGCCGCAAGGAUGGUGGAAAAGGUAUAAUCGUAAUUAUUCUGUAAUAGUAAAUUUCUUUAUAUUGAAUUAAGAUUUCACCAUUACCACACGAUAAAACUACAUAUAGUCUUGAAAUAUAUUAGAAAUUCAAUAGAAAAUCGAAUAUAUAUAAACUUGU